CAAAGCGCUUCAAUAGCUGUCGAAUCCAAGUUCUGAAGAAGAACGAAGGUUGUGUUAGCUAAGUCAAAGAGUAUAUUCUAUAAGUGACCUGCUAGUGCUUAGUCUCCAAUUAUAUUUUGAUGACUGGUUGAUUGACUGAAAAUUUGACCAAAGGUUAGUCCUGAGUCCCUGCAGAAGGUGUGAAAAUGCCUGCUGGUGUGUCCUGGUCUCGAUAUCUGCAGAUGUUUGGGGCCAGUAUGAUGGCCAUGUUUGUAGGAGCAGAAUGUGUCCACCAGUACUACAGGCCUGAUUUGAGUAUUCCUGAAAUCCCACCCAAGCCUGGGGAGUUGAAGACAGAACUUCUGGGAUUGAAAGCUAGAAAAGAGAAAGUUUUGCAAAGUCUCAAAUCUGAAUCUGGGAAUUGAGGCACCUCAGUGAGGAACAUUGGAUUCAGUGGACAAGAGACCUCUUGUUUGUCCAGGUGUGGUGGAGCCCUAUCAGGACUUUUUUCCGUAUCAGCCUGGCAUACAGCUGCAAAGGAUGUUAUGGAAUCGUUAAAAAACCUGGAACACCUUGGUGCUGGAUUUAUGUUGCUGGAGUGACACCCAUCAGUCAAGCCUCCAUCAAGAAGUCUGUUGAAACAAACGUACAAAAAUAAAUUAUUAAUAUUCUGUA